AUGCCAACCGUUAUUCCCUCCUACGAGUACCCAGAAGCAUCCCUAGUGGACACAUUCGACCGCGACGCCCGAAUCCAAUAUUUCUUCGAUGUGGCGACGUACUUUGGGGCACUGGACCACCAAGUCCUUCAAGUGACCAGGGAGAGUUGCACACAGCGAGUAUGCAGCGACUUCCAUCGAAUGGAUGAAUGGAUCGUAGACGACGCAACCUUCCAUUACACCCUGGAGUCUGCAAUUUGGGAAAUGUUCUUUCGCCACCUUGGAGACGAAGCGCCCGAGUUCCCCUGGACCUUGGACCAUUUUCCACUUCGCGCGUACAAUGUACCGGACAUCUAUCGAGAAUGGCGUAUAGCCAAUGGACUGAAGGUUGCGUGUUCUAUGUCUCCCUCUCCCACUCGUUCAGAGGACGGCAGUUAG